AUGGAAGAAGCUGCCGAGAAACCUCAAGCGACUCGCUUCUCCCACGAGACCCAACUCGAGAAAGCUACUCCCGAACAUGGAUGUCAUGUCAUGACCGGCUUCGAUACGAGCCUCGAAAGCCUUCCCGAUGGCUACUUCACCAGCUCUUUCUUCAUCGGCACAAUGCUAGCGGCCGCGCUCGGUCUACUCGCGGGAGUGGCUGGGUUUGGAUACGCAGCACCUAUUCUCGCGGUCAUUGAUGCGGAUAUCGGCCCGGAUCCGAAUCUGGCGUGGGUUGGCCUCGUGUAUACGCUCAUGCUGGCGGUAUUCUUGACGCUGGUGGGGAGAGUGGGUGAUGUGUUUGGGCGGCGGUGGGUUUUCGCUGGCGGCAGUUGUCUUGGGGUUAUUGGCAGCAUAAUAUGCGCUGUUGCUAAGGACAUUCCAACGCUUAUUGGGGGAACUACGGUGAUUGGCAUCGCGGCUGCUACGCAAGUUUCAUUCCCCAUCGUCGUGGGCGAACUACUACCUAUGAAGUACCGUUUCUACGGGAACGCCCUUAUCUUCAUCUUUGCCAUUCCCGGAUCUGGUUUUGGGCCUGCUGUUGCACAAGGCUUCAUCCAGCACACGAACGUUGGCUGGAGGGGCAUCUACUACCUCUUGAUUGCGAUAAAUGGCACUGCAGCACUCUUCUGGAUCCUCUUUUACCAUCCUCCAACUUUCCACAUGAAGCACCGAUCCGGAAAGGUGAUGGAAUAUGUCAAGACAUUCGACUAUGUUGGAGCUGUACUUUUCAUUCUCGGACUGCUGCUAUUCCUGAUAGGUCUCAACUGGGGUGGUAGCACUUACCCAUGGAAGUCCGCACACGUCAUCGCCACUAUCGUCGUCGGAUUCAUGCUUAUAGUCGCGUUCGUACUUUGGGAGAACUUUGCACCGGCAUCUCUUCUCAAGGAUCCUCUCGUUCCUAUGCAUCUUUUCAGGAACGGGCCAUGGGUAAUGUCUACGAUUGUGCUUGGUGUCGGCGCGGGCAUGUACUACGCUUUUGCUAUAAUCUGGCCCUCGAUGGUAGCAGUCCUCUACACGAACGGCGACCCGAUGUACGCCAGCAUUCUCGCCAGUCUAGUCGGUCUCGGUCUUCUCUCCGGUGAGAUCAUCGGCGGUCUUCUGGCCACUCCUCUCGGAAAGACAAAGUUCCAAAUGAUGUUUGCCGUUCUUUCCGCUGGUAUCUUCUUCGGCUGCGUCGCAGUCUGCACCCCCGACACCAAAGCCUUGGCAUGCGGUCUCGUCUUCAUGGGCUGCUUCUUCGUCGGCUGGGUUGAAAACGUCUGCCUUUCCCUCACCACCAUCGCGCUAGAUGACCAAAAUGAAAUCGGUACCGGCGCUGGUGUUGCAGGCUCCGUACGCGCUGCCAUCUCAACCAUCUCGCAGACCGUCUACGUCGUCGUGCUUUCCAAUCGCCUUACUAGCACCAUCUCUUCCCAAGUGCCGCCAGCGCUCGUCAAGGCUGGCCUGCCCGCAAGCAGUGUCGUUGACUUUCUCUCUGCCAUCACGGUUGGCACACCCGCUGCGUUUGCCGCGGUGCCGGGGAUCUCGGCGGACAUUACUGCGGCGGGGUUGAGGACGUAUAAGGUUGCCAAUGCGGACGCGUAUCGCACGGUCUUCUUGACGACGAUUGCGUUCUCAGGGCUGGCACUGGUGUUGAGUUGUUUCGUGCCGAAUGUUGAGGAUCGGAUGACGGAUGAUGUGGCCGCGGCGUUGCAUAACCGGAACGAUCAAAACACUGUUGGGACGUGAUGAGGACGGAUGAGAUCUGUAGGACCCG